GUCCCCACCAUAAUUGAUAUGGUGCUCCCAGCUUCAUCACCCCCAAAUGCUGCUACUGCUGUUGCUGCUCCAGCUUUUGAGCAUGAGGUGGCUGCUCCUCCUCUUCCUGCUGCUGUCGAGCCGGUAUCUUUGCCUACACCCCUCCCUCCUCCCUCUGCUCCUGCUCCCUGCCCUGCUCCAGCUGUGGUCGAAGCGAUCACUCCGCUUGCUCCUCCCCUUGUAAUUGAACCAUCUCCUCCCUUAAAUCAAUCGGUUGCUUCACCUCCAGUAAUUGAACCCAUUGCUCCUCCACAUGUGAUUGAAUCCAUUGCUCCUGCAUCUGUAGCUGAACCCAAGCCAUGUCCUCUUCCUGUCAUGAUUGAAUCCAUUGCUGCUCCCCCACCUCCCAAAUCGGAACCGCUCUCUUCCCCUGCUGUUCUGGAGCCUGUCACCAUCCUGCCACUACAUCCCUCAGGGGACACUUCGUCCCCCCGGCCUGCUGAGCCUUUUGCUGCACCUCCCCUGCCAGAGUUUACUGCUCCUUGUGAACCAGUUGCACCUCCUCCUCAGCCCCCCUUGGAGCCAGUAUCCCCUGCUUCAGUCCCUGAGCCACUGGCAGUGCCUGAGUCCAGUCCAGUCCCACCAUCUCCUGCUGCACCAGCUGUUGAUGAGGAGGCCUUGAGGAGGAAGAUCACUGACGAGCUGUAUAAAGGCAUGGAGCAGGAGAGGGCCAAGGCAGAGCAAGAGCUGCAAGCUUGGUUGGAGUCGGAGAAGGCCCGGGCAGCAGCGCAGGCUAACGGUGACGCCCAGUCCCAGGUCCAGAAUGAAGUGUCCAGGAUCCUGUCUGUGGAGCGGGCCGUGGCCCAGGAGAACCUUCAGCAGGCAGUCUUAAGGGAGAGGAUCGCCACUGAGGAUGAGCAGCUGCGUGCUCAGAUCUUUGAGAUAGGACAGAAGGCCAAGCAGCUGGAGGCCAGAGAAGCAGACUUAAAGAAGCAGGAUGCUUUCUACAGAGAGCAGGUGGCCCGGCUGGAGGAGAGGAGUGCUCAGUUCUACAAGGUCACCACAGAGAAUUACCAUCAAGCUGCAGACCAAGUGAAUGCCAAGUUCAAGCGGUAUGAGAUGUAUCCAGUGUGUGCAGACCUGCAGGGCCAGAUCCUCGCGUGCUACCAAGAGAACGUUGGAAAAACCCUCCACUGCUCCAACAUAGCAGCCCUUUACCUACAGUGUGUCAACAACACCAAACAGAACAAGUUGAGGACUGGGGGUUAAGGAGGACGCAGGAAGAAAGAGAGAGCAAUGAAGAGUUUAUUGUGCGGGAUUACUGAUUAUCGACCGACUGACAGACAGACCAAACCGGAGUGGAAGAAUAGAGGAAUGAAUCAGCACCGACACAAACACACACACACACACCUCCUCAAAACCCUGUGACCGAACCUGACUAGAGGCACCGAACACAGCACCUUGAGAAAUAGACACCCUCUCCCUCGAUUCUUAUCUCCUUCCCCUCCUCUCUUACCCUUCGUCUAUCUCUCCUGUGAGAAUUGCCGAGAGGCGGUGAUGCUGUCCGCCAUUUUGGAGACACGACACAGCGGUGAACCACGGUACCCAGCAGGCCUGAGCGCGGCUCGCUAAAAGGACAAAGAUGAACCGGAACCACCUCAAAGAAGACCAGCCACCUGUGUCACAAGCCACUCGGACCUACCCACGCUCACUCCAACACCCUUAGGAAAAUAAAAACUAUUAAUUUACUAAUUAAAGUCAGUCCUAUAUUGUUGUCAUUAAUUCAUUGUUUUCAGGCUCCUAGUGCACUAUCCUCUACACAGAUACACGUGUAUGCAUCUGUUUCUUCUUUGCAUCUGUUUGUGUGCAAUCGUGUUAUGUUAAUAAUGUAACGAUCCGCGUGUUGAGUAUUCAUCCAGACCAACACUUGUGACAAUGUCUGAUCAGAGGAAAUAAAAAGACGAAACGAUGCAGGAA